AUGGCUCCAGCGCAAAGCCACCCGAUACUGGCUCAGUUACAGGACGCUAGGAGCUUGACUGAGCGUACCACGGCUCUACGAGCCCUCAAGAACGAGAUCAUCGGCCACGUACAAAGAAAGGAGCAAUGGAUUGGCCUGGGUGUACUCGAGCCUAUCGUCAGAACAUUGAUCGAGGCUACCUCAUCUUCCAAGCCGACUGGCAAGGAUUCUCGAUCCCCUCAGGCGCAAAGGCCCUUGUCGGAAGAUGAGCGCAUGCGGCUACAAGCAAUACAACUAAUAGCCUGCUUUGCGAAUGGAGGUCCUACUUUCCUUGCGCCCCUCAGUGCCGCGCAGGCAAUCCCUGCUCUCAUAGCCAACAUAUCGCCGUUUACCAACCCGCCACAACUUGUCGUAGCGGCACUCAAAGCACUGACUGACGUUGCCGAUGCUUGCGCCCUGGCUGCGCCGUCUUCAGAUCUUAAUAUCGAAACACUUGCGGCUACUGUUCUCUCUACCGAAUACCUCGACUCAUUUGGGUCAAUGCUAUCUAUUACCUCCGCGGAUAACAUCCUACAAUCUCAAGUCACGCUUGCGGCGGGCUUGAUAUCUAAGCUUUGCCACCAAGAGCAUCACCAACAAGCCCUGGCGACUUCUGGAAUCCUGGAUGCGUUAGCGACACGGCUGGCCAGCGUUGCUGUUCUUCGUGGAGAAGUUAUCCCUGGUGCUGAUUCUCUAGCGCGUGACGAUGGUCUUUUUGAAGCUUUCCCAGACCCGGCUCCUAGGACUCUACGGCUCAGCUCGAUACUAGAGGCCAUCACUGCUAUCUUGGGAGAUUCGAAAUAUCGGGCAAACAGAUUAGCCCACUCGCCGUCCAUCCUUGCUAUUUUCCCUCCGAUCAAAUUCGAGCCCGCCAAGAUUUUGGACGUGGAACAGGCAGGGCCUAAUAGCCGUCAGCAACCUGUGACGGCCAUGGAAUACAUGCUUCCCAUCAAUCUACCUCGAAGCACGUCGGCGUCAUCUCAAAGUGCACUGCAAAGUGGCUCGUCAGAUUCACAAUCGUCUGGUAGAUCAUCUUUGAGCAAGUUUAGCUCGUCGGCUUUGUGGGAAGCUUCUCGUUACUCGCCGGUGGGAUCUAACGGAGGAAGUACUGGUGAGAUUGAGAGCCCCUUUAUCCCUUGGCUGGUGAAUCUGGUGAGGCGCUCGGAUGAAUACGAACGUCUUCUUGCCACGUCUGUUCUCGCUGCACUUAUUAAGGGCGGCGUUACAAGCAAAGGCUCAAGGGAAGCAAGUCUGGGUCUCCUUGUGGUCCCCCUACUAGUUGAAUUAAUCGCAAAGAACGACAAAGAGGUUUCAGACGUUAAAGAGGUCGAUACCGCUACUAAACGCAUCAUUCUCGAGCGAACGCCAGUUGUUCUAGCUCGCAUGAUUACAGACAGCGAGUACCUUCAAAAGGCAGCUUUCGAAUGUCAGGGUGUGCCUGUUCUUACCAAACUUCUCAAGCAUGCUUACCAGCCCAUCAAGGAAAGCGAGCAGUCUCAUUAUUGGUCACCGCAAUCAGACGUCGAAAUGGAUAUUGAGAACAACUCUCCGAUGGCUCGGCUUGGAAAGGAGGGUCAGAACGAGCUUUUGGCUCACCGGCUCAAAGUGCGCGAAAGCACGUUGAAGGCCAUCGCCGCUCUCGCAGGGGGUAAGGAAGACUUUAGAAAAGACUUCGCAUCCAACAGUUUGGUUGAAUUUGUUGUUGAGUCACUCUGGGAGUAUCCAAGAAAACCACAGACCCCAAAGGAGCGUACCCCAGAAAGGACAGGUACCGAUUCUAGCAGGAAUGAAGAAACCCCCGGAUACGGCACUAAUCCUGCCUCCGUGAUCGCUGCCGGAUGCCAUGUUCUUAGGAUGCUGUCUCGUUCGGUGAGCAUCUUGCGGACAUUACUUGUCGAUUAUGGAGUUGCAAUCCCUGUUUUGAGUCUCAUGAAGCAUCCAGAUGUUAACGUCCAAGUCGCUGCGACUUCUGCUGUCUGUAAUCUAGUUCUGGAAGUAAGCCCAGUACGCGAGCUUCUUGAGGAAAGGGGAGUUGUACCCAUUCUUUGCGACCACGCCCACUCGGAAAACCCAGCUCUUCGCCUCAAUGCACUAUGGGCACUCAAACAUGUUGUGGAUGCCGCCGGGCCCGACUUGAAGAAGGAGUGCUUGGCAAGGCUUGGAUCACAGUGGUUACUGCAGCUCAUACGCGACGAUACCGAAGAUAUGGCUUUGCAUGAGGGGAGAGACGAUGUGGAUAUGCAAACACUUGACGAGCGACAUGGGUGGAUAUACGGCUCAAACGGAAUACUCCGAGAACUUGACUCGGUCAACUCUUCAAGGCUUCGUCAGGCAGAAGACAAGCUAGCAGCGGUGCGAGAAUCUGAGUUGAAUCCGGCCAAGAGAGCACGGAACGAUGACUUGGCGAUUCAGGAACAAGGCCUGCAUAUGAUUAGGAACCUGAUUGGAAGACCUAGGAGUGGCCAGUCGCCAGAGACGGCAAACGAAACAUCGGAAAUGAUCGAUUUUCUGUUGCAGGAAUUUGAGUCUACCGAAUUCUUCAACGUUUUGACAUCAAAACUACGGGCCAAGGUGUAUCGGCCUUUUAGCCACCGAGGUAUGGCGACGGGGCGAGAUACUAGGGUAUUCCAUCCCCAUGCCAAGCUUGUGGUGGCCGUGUUAUACAUCCUGUCGCAUAUCGCGGCGAGCAUCCCACGCCAUCAACAGAUGAUGAUCGCGCAAACAGAUUUGAUGAAGCUGCUUGCGCAGCAGGCUAACAGCAAAGAUCGAGAAGUGAGAGUAGCUUUGUGUCACGUUAUUAUCAAUCUCACAUACAAAGACGACGACAGUGAGGCUCAGGCGUGUGCUCUCCGAGCGCUGGAACUACGAAAGCUUGGCUUUUCUAGCAAAAUGGAAGCUCUUACUAAGGGUGAUGGGGAUUUGGACGUGCGAGAACGUGCCAAGACAGCAGUGUAUCAGAUGGAGCAGGCCAGUUACUGA